AUGGUUAACGUCCCUAAAACCCGCUGGACUUUCUGUAAGUGUGGCAAGCACCAACCCCAUAAAGUGACACAGUACAAGAAGGGCAAGGAUUCUCUGUAUGCCCAGGGAAAGCGGCGUUAUGACAGGAAGCAGAGUGGCUAUGGUGGGCAAACUAAGCCAAUUUUCUGGAAAAAGGCUAAAACUACAAAGAUUGUGCUAAGGCUUGAGUGCAUUGAGCCCAGCUGCAGAUCUAAGAGAAUGCUGGCUAUUAAAAGAUGCAAGCAUUUUGAACUGGGAGGAGAUAAGAAGAGAAAGGGCCAAGUGAUUCAGUUCUAAGUGUCAUCUUUUAUUAUGAAGACAAUAAAAUCUUGAGUUUAUGUUCAAAAUAAAUAAAUAAAUAAA